AUGGCUACUUCGGUGCUCGGAAAGCGAACAAGGCAAUCUUUCAAUGCGUCAGUCGCGCCUUCCUCGCCAGCAAAGCGACGACACACGCGACAGUCGGCGCCUAAAAUCUAUGAGGAUGCUGCGCAAGGAGAGACUGUAACAUCAUGUACUCGGCGUUCUGUACAGCCAUGUACCAAACCAUCGAAAUGUACCAUACAGAACGAAACCGUUCAAGACGACCAAGACCAGCAGACCAGCGAAAGCGAUACUCUCGAUCACAAUGCAGCUAAAGAAAAUGUCGCACCGAUAUUUGCAACACCGACCACCAAAAGAUUCAAGGAUGCUCUGGCAACAGCUGCGCAAUUUACACCACGUCGGCGGGUGCUGCUGGGUGGAAAACUGGUCACACCAAGAUCUCAGCGAACCGUCGAUAGAUCUCCCUCGAGCAGUAUCUAUGCAGCAGCACGCCAACUCUUCUCGCAAUCUGGCAGCUCCAGACAGAUCGUUGGUCGACAAUCGGAACGAGAUCAGUUGCAGCAAUUCAUCUCUGGUGGCAUAACGUCGCGCAAGGGUGGCUGUUUGUACAUCAGUGGCCCUCCUGGAACCGGAAAGAGCGCUCUCGUUCGUGAGGUGCUACAACAUCAUCCAUCCACCGACGACCUUAGAGUUUCCAUGAUCAAUUGCGUGAGCAGCAGGACAAUUGCUGACGUUGCAAGUCUACUUUCACAAGACUUCGAAACCGCGCUGAAGACAGCGAAGGAUAUCAGCAAUCUGUUCACGGCCAAGUCCUCAGGAAGGAUACAUCUGGUCUUCAUGGAUGAAAUCGACAAUCUGCUGGCUGGAGACUGCGAGCUCCUGUACAACAUGUUCGAAUGGUCUUUGCACAAGUCGUCAAACCUGCUUCUCAUCGGCAUUGCGAAUGCGCUCGACUUGACAGAUCGCUUCUUGCCACGACUUAAGGCACGGAACCUCAAGCCUCAGUUGCUGCCAUUUCUGCCAUACGCCGCAGCAGACAUGUCCAACAUCAUUACCUCGAAACUGCGAUCGUUGUUACCGGCAGAUUCGACGAGCACGGCUGAUUUUGUGCCUUUCAUCAGUCCAGCUGCAAUCAAAUUGAUAGGAAGCAAAAUUGCUGCGCAGACAGGGGAUAUACGCAAAGCCUUUAGUCUGGCUCGACGGUGCAUAGAGCAAGUUGAACGCGAAACGCGAGAGUCUGCACAGUUGGAACCUGGGACACCUACCAAACAACCCUUGGCCGAGCUUUCGAACGGCGUUCUGACACCGACUUCCUCCCCACUCAAAGCCAAACUUGAGCGAACUGUGCGCCCAAACAUCGAGACGGCACCACGAGCGAGCAUCCAGCAUGUUGCACGACUCGCCGCUAGCAUCUUCAGCCAUGGCGCUGUUUCGCGACUGAGCGGUCUGAAUCUGCAGCAGAAAGCAGUUUUAUGCUCACUCGUCGUCACAGAGCAACGCCAUAACUAUCGCAGCGCGUUCACGACACCAUCGAAAUCGGUGAACAGGGUCCCGGAUGUGAAAGAGCUGUACGAAAAGUAUGGAAGAAUGUGUCAGAAUGGUGACGGAAUUCUGCCAGUGCUGAAGAACACCGAAUUUCGAGAUGUGGUGGCGAGUCUGGAAACGCUUGGGCUGAUUCAUGAAGCCAUCGGUCGAGGCUCGAGUAUGCUUACACCCAGCAAAACUCCAUCCCGGACCGGCAAGAAUAUCGAUGAGCGGCGAUUCGCGUCAGCGGUGUCGGAAUCCGAAAUGCGGGAGAGUCUUCAGGGGCCUGGAGCAGAUCUGCUCAGAAGGUUCUUGGUGGACUAG